AUGCCUGCCAAGGACGACAAAUAUACCGAUCCCGAACUGCGGGAACAGGUCAAAGAAGAAGUCAAACAGAGUGAUAAGGGGGGAAAGCCUGGUCAGUGGUCUGCCAGGAAGGCCCAGUUUAUGGCGUCGGAAUAUAAAAAGCGUGGUGGAGAUUAUACUACAUCCAAGGAGGAAGGACAGGAUGAGUCCCAGAAGAGCCUGGAGAACUGGGGCAAAGAGGAGUGGCAGACGAAAGAGGGUUCAGGCACUGCCAAACAGGAGGAUGGGACGAGAAAGCGAUAUCUGCCUAAGAAAGCAUGGGAGAAGAUGAGUGAUAAGGAGAAGGAGGAGACUGAUAAGAAGAAACAGGAGGAGUCUAAAAAAGGCAAGCAAUUUGUUUCCAACACCAGCAAAGCAAAGAAGGAGAGGAAGCAGGCUGCGGAAGAAAGUAAGGGUGAGGAUCAACAGGAAUCUGAAAAUGAAGAAUCUGGAUCAGGCGAAGCUAGACCUGAAGAAUCUGACGGAUCUGACGAUGUUGAUGAAAUGGAUAACGAAGAGGAACAAGAAGGGGAAGAUGAGGCAGACGAGGACGAGGAGGAGCAACAAGAGGGCGAGCCUCAAGAUGAGGACGAUCAUAGUACAGAGGCCGGGAAGAAGCGCACUGCAAGCCAGGAAGAGGGAGCAAAUAAGAAACCCAAGACACGUCAGGACAGUCACGCAGAGCGUGAGCAGGAAGAUUAG